CACAGCCCUUGCUAGAAGCAUCCUUCAACAGCUUGAAUCGGCAAAUCCAGCGCCUCUCUCUUGCUCUUCCAAUCCCACACCUCUCCCUCCAGCCACCGCCACUGUUCUUGAUCCAUCGGUGGUGGUCGGUUGCCGAGUAGCCAUCAGUGACCAUGACGAAGCACGGCGUGGUGCUCGGCCCCGAGGACGCCGUCGUCGCGGCGGCGGCGCGGCAUUUCUCGUUCCCGCCGCCGAGGACGGGGGGCGACUCGUGCCGGAAGCUGGCGGCGCAGGUCGACCUCGGCGCCGCUGUGAUGGGGUCCUGGCUCGACUCCAUGAAGGCCUCCUCACCCAGGCACAGGCUCAUGGCGCCCCUGGCCGGCGCCGCCGACGCGGAGCACGACGACUGGAUGGAGCGGCACCCGUCGGCAUUGGAGCGGUUCGAGGCGCUGGCGGCGGCGGCCAAGGGGAAGCAGGUCGCGGUGUUCCUGGACUACGACGGCACGCUGUCCCCGAUCGUCGAGGACCCCGACCGCGCCGUCAUGACCGACGAGAUGAGGGAGGCCGUUCGCGGCGUGGCGGCGCGCUUCCCGACGGCGAUCGUCAGCGGGCGUUGCCGUGACAAGGUGUUCGGCUUCGUGGGGCUGGAGGAGCUCUACUACGCCGGGAGCCACGGGAUGGACAUCCGAGGGCCCACCGCCGACCCCAACAACCACGGCAAGCCGGCGGCCGAGUUCCUGCCGGUGAUCGAGGAGGCGUACGCCGCGCUGGUGGGGAGCGUGGAGGCGUCGAUCCCGGGCGCCAAGGUGGAGAACAACAAGUUCUGCCUGUCGGUGCACUUCCGCUGCGUGGAGGAGGCUGCCUGGGGCGCGCUCUUCGAGCGGGUCCGGGCCGUGCUCCGGGACUACCCGGGCCUCCGCCUCACCCAGGGCCGCAAGGUGCUCGAGGUCCGGCCCAUGAUCAAGUGGGACAAGGGCAAGGCCCUCGAGUUCCUCCUCGACGCGCUCGGCUACGCGGAGCGCAGCGACGUGUUCCCCGUCUACGUCGGCGACGACCGCACCGACGAGGACGCCUUCAAGGUGCUGCGCAGCCGGGGACAGGGCGCUGGGAUCCUCGUGUCCAGGUUCCCCAAGGAAACCGCCGCGUCUUUCUCCCUCCGCGACCCGGCCGAGGUCAGGGACUUCCUGCGCAGGCUCGUCGACGCCAACGCCACCUGAACCCAUCGUCGAGAUCACCAGCUCGACGUCUAACUCGAUCGGCGGCUACCACCUCCCUCCCUCCCUCCAGAGCGGAAGAAAACGCUCUUCAGCUUGUUAGGAGAAGAAGAGCGUCGUUCAUAGAACCUGCUAGCGUUUUCCCAUGUCCCCAAUCCUUUUUGUUUUUAUCUUUAUUUUUUUGUUCCUGCUGCUGCUGCUGCUGCUGUUGUUUGAGUACCAUCACCAUUAGGCCUCGGCUGCUGGGAAGGCUUCUAUUUUCGCGCCUUCUCGCGAGGCACUGUAACUAGUUGCUUUUGUAUCAUGGGGAACUGAGAGGAAUCAAUGGAAUCCACAUUCAGAAUUCAGUCU